AUGGCAAAAGGACCAGUCAUCGUCAUCACAGGGACACCAGGAACUGGGAAGUCUACCCAUGCUCAGCUUUUAGUCGAAGAAGCAGCCUUGCCAUUGAGGCAUAUCAAUGUGGGCGAAUGGGUAAAAGAAAAAGAGCUUUACGAAGAAUUCGAUCAAGAAUGGGAAAGCUAUACUGUUGAUGAGGACAGGUUACUUGAUGAAUUGGAGCCCAUCAUCGCAGAGGGCGGCGUUAUCCUGGACUGGCACACAUGCGAGAUGUUUCCGGAACGCUGGCCAGAUCUGGUGGUCGUCUUGCGGUGCGACCAUUCAACAAUUUGGGAUCGGCUUGAGAAGAGGGGCUACUCCUUGAAGAAAAUUCAGGAGAACAAUGAAGCAGAGAUCAUGGAGGUUGUACUAGAAGAAGCGAGGUCUUCGUAUCCUGCCGAAAUCGUUGUGGAGUUGAAGAGCGAAAACACAGAAGAUUUGGAGGCUAAUGUUGCACGGAUUGCGGAAUGGAUAACGAAUUGGAAACGUAACCAAGAAGAAAAGUAA